ACAGUCUCUUUCUGCGUUAAAGACGUAAAUUCGUAUUUUCACGAGAUUUUAAACAAGCGUAUCACCUGCAGCAAUUGCAUAACAGUAACGCGACGAACAAGACGUUCACUAACUACCUGCACCUUUUGUGAUGUGAGCAUUUACAUGUUUUUGCCGUUCGCAGUUUACAAUCAGCAUGUCAUCUAAAAAAGAAUCCCUUUCGGAUGCACAGUUGCAUUUAGCAGCAAUGAACGGUGAUGUACGGCUUUUAAGACGAAUUUUGGACAGCGGAAAGGUCCACAUAGACUGCAAGGAUAAGGAUGGAACUACACCGCUGAUUCUGGCAUCCGCCUAUGGUCAUUACGAGUGCGUUAAAGAACUGUUAGAGCAAGGUGCUGACCCUACCUUAAGAAGGCUUACGGGAACGACCGCCCUCUUCUUCGGCGCCCAGGGAGGAUUUCUCGAAGUCGUGAAGGUUCUCUUGGAACAUAAUGCACCAUUGGAUACAGCAAGCGUGGAUGGCGGAAGUCCUCUCUUCGUUGCGUGUCAAUGCGGACAUAUGGAUGUUGUUAAGGAACUUGUCGAAAAAGGUGCAAAAGUCAAUACACAUAUGAAGGACAAAGCCACACCUCUAUUCAUCGCCGCUCAAAAUGGGCAUUACAAAAUUCUAGUCUACCUUUUGGCGCAAGGGGCCGAACCCGAUCCGCGAAGAACGGAUGGAGCAACCCCACUGUGGAUUGCCGCCCAAAUGGGGCACGAUCACAUUGUCUCGCAAUUAUUGAAAUCGGGCGCUCGUGUGGAUGCCGCCAGACACGACGGCGCGACCGCGUUAUUUAAAGCGGCGCACAAAGGACAUUCCGCUGUCGUAGGUGAAUUAUUGAGAUAUAAGCCGUCCCUCGGUUUACUGCCGAAUGGCGAAAGUGCUCUUCAUGCAGCUGCCUUAUUUGGACAUUUAACGACUUGCAAGCAAUUAAUUAGUGCCGGAGCGGAUCCUACUCUCAAAAAUCAAGAUAAUACAACUCCUUGUCAGUUGGCGGCCGAUCAUAAGCACAAUAUCGUCAGUGAUUACCUUAAAAACUGCGUCAACAGAACUUCACAUAAAUGACAUCGAGUCAAAGAAAUUAGCUCUUAUUUGCAUAUGGGUCAAUUAUAGCAAUGAUGUGUCUCUUCUCGUGCCUUCCAAGUAAUUACCACGAAAAAUAUCUUGGAAUCUUCCCCAGCAAGUACAUGGUCUCUCGGUCAGAAAUGUAGAACUCUUGUGCUUCACGUGGUUAGUUCGCAUUCAUAAAACUAACCUGACCCAGAGCGCCUGCACUCCAGAAGCCGGGGAAACAUAAAUUUACUCCAUUUUACUCUAUACUUGUUGGAAUAUCGAGUUUUUAGGUGCGCAACGAUUUUGCUUUGAAUCGUCUCACUGAAGAUCCAUCCUUCGUUGUAAAAGCAUAUCUAUGGUAAAUCUGGGUCCCAAAGCCGUAGUCACAAUAACUGCACUUAGAGUGAUUAUUUUUACUUACAUAACUAGGUACAAAAGCUAAUGUACUGAAUACUGAUAGUAUUAAAAAUGCAUAUGUUAAUGUAAUACUUACACAUGCUCAAAAAGUAUAAGAAACGUUAAUAAAAAGUGUCCCAAAAUCAA